AUGAAGAAGAGAAAACGUUCUAGCAAAAACAAAACUCUAACUCAAGAAGAAAUAUGGGACGAUUCGGCACUCCUUGAGUCCUGGGAAGAGGCUGCGGAGGAAUACAGGCUCUAUCACAGCAUUCAAGCUAGGGGCCAGAAAGUGGAGGAUGUUCUUCGCGAAGCAGCAGCAGAAGCGUCCAACGCAAAUGAAGAUGAAAUGCAGAUUGAGACCAACGCUGAAACGGAAAACCCUUCAGAAAAAUUGACCGUGAAUGCAUCAGAGACCGUCGUUGUGGAAGAGUCUGAUGACAAGAUAAAGCAGGUAGAUGUCUGCACGACGAGUCAAGUUGAGGAUGAAGCAGCACCAGAAUUAACUGCAGGGGCAGACCAGGCCGAUACGGCUGCACCGGCAAGUGCGAAUUUGGCAAAUAUGCCGCAACUAGUUCUUAACGGAGCACCUAAUCCGCCAAACAGUGAGUACAUUGACAGCCGAAGCAACCAUAAACGUUUCCCCGAAGACUAA